CACAACAGGGGAAUGGCACAGGAGAGUAUGACCGACAAUACAUGUUGAAAGGGCGUUUUUGAGAUAAAGCUACGCAAAGAUUCAAAGAACGGUCUCAGUAAGGAUCUUUAUUCUGGGAUAUUUGAAGGAUCGACAAACUAUUGGUCAACCACCUGCUGCACAGCUGAGUAUUUAGCACUGGGUGUGUUUGGUGAUAAAGUGAAGUCAGUGUCAGUGAUGGAUGGACAUUCUGUAACUCUACACACUGAUCUCACUCACAUACAGACAGAUGAUGUCAUCCAGUGGAGGUUUGGAGUAAACGGUCCUCUCAUCGCCAAAAUGAAGAGAUCAGUCAAUAUUAAUCCCACAUAUGAAGAUAAUGAUAAGACUGAGAUAUUCAGAGACAGACUGAAGAUGAACACUCAGACUGGAGAUCUCACCAUCACACACAUCACAUCUCAACACUCUGGACUUUAUCAUCUUAACAAGAACAUUGGAAAUAAACAUAUAACAAAGAAUUUCAAACUCACUGUUUACGCUCCCACGGCUGUCAGUAUCAGUGAAUCUACACAAACUCCAUCUUCAUCAUCAUCAUCAGAGAGUUCAGCAGAUGUUUAUCCUCCAUCAGCAGAAACACACUCACAUUAUACAGUUGUUAUCUCUUGUGCUGCUGUUGCUGGAUCUCUUAUGGUCUUAGGAGCACUUCUGAUGUUCUUCAUCUUCAGAAAACACAGAAAAACCCACGAAGAAGUUCAGACCCGUGAGGAUGACGUCAUUUACACUGUGACAACAUUCUACAAAAGAGACGAACACAUAAAGAGAGUUAAAAAGGAGGAGGAUGAUGAUGUGGUGUACACAGAUGUCGUCAUAAGACCUUGAUCACGUGUAUCAUUUACUGACUGAUCCACAGUUCCCUCAAUAGUUUUUACAUCGAUUGUCAGGAUGUGUCCAUCCAUUUCAAUUCAAAGGUCUACAACUGCUUCCUGGCACGAUUUCUUCUUUCUUUGGACAAUCUUGUCAAGCAUAAAAAUGUAUUUGGAUUUAUUCAAAGUGCUUAUCUCGUGAUUCCAAAGUACAAAGGGUGCGUGGCUCCUGUUACCCGCUAGGGGGCGCACUUUCUCUCGAAGAUGAAUUAAAGAGGUGUAUCACAAUCACUGACUGUAAAUACUUAUGAACAUUUCUUUUUUAAUACUUUAAUUUAUUUGGUUAUUGAUUAUACGUAUGCAGGGCGAAAUGCAUUUACAUCUUAUAAUAUAUAUGGAUGUACAAAACACACAAAAGCAUCAAGAAUGUGAAUAAAAAAGAUAUUUGGAUCAAGACGACUGUAUGAGUAAAAACAAAUACUAUAUUUAAAUAAAUAAAAAUAAGAAUUUAGUGAUUCUAUGUGAUAUAUAGAAUAAAAAAAUAUGGUUUAUUAUUAGUGUUUUCAGAGGUCACAUUAAACAGUUUUUAAAUGAGUUUAUUACACUUUUUAUUUGAGUUGAGAUUUGGUAUAGUUUAAUGCAAUGCUCAGAAAAUCCUCUAGAUGGCCUGAGACUGCAGUAAAGUGUAACAUUCAGCCCUCAAAUACAAAAAAUGCUAAUAUUACAGCUCCA